GGUGUUGAGAAAUUGCUCCAUCCAUGGUUCCAUUCCAAAUUAUAUUGGUAAAAUGGAAAAACUUAUCUAGGCUAGAUUUGAGCUUCAACAGGUUGACUGGUAAAAUCCCAAAUAGUAUAAGUAACCCGACCUCCCUUCAAUACAUGAUUCUAACUGAAAAUUCUCUGACCGGAAAAAUUCCUGAUUGGAUAUUGCAACAACAAAACAAUUAUGGUUCUUUUGAUUUAUCUUACAACAAUUUUUCGGAGACUUCUGCGACUACUUGUCAGUAUGAAAAUUUAAACUUGGCUUUGAGUGUAUCAUCUUCAGCAAACACCUCAUGUACUUGCCUGAAAAGGAGCCUUCCUUGUGGAGGAAAACCCAAGUAUCAUUCAUUGUUCAUAAACUGUGGAGGAUCAGAAACUAAAUAUGAGGGGAAUAAAUAUGAAGGCGACGUCAAUUCUGAGAGUGUCUCAUUCUCUUGCCCUAGUGAUGAUAAAUGGGCUUAUAGCACCACAGAAGGAGAAAGAUCCUAUAAUCACAUAGCAACAAACAGUUUUUCCCUCAACAUUACUGGUCCUGACUUCUACCAAACAGCUCGCCUUUCCCCUUUGUCUCUCAAGUACCAUGGCCUCUGCAUGAUUAAUGGAAAUUACAACGUCAAGCUAUAUUUUGCUGAGAUUAUGUUUUCUUAUGACCAAAAUUUCCAUCACGUUGGAAGGCGCAUAUUUGAUGUUUCAAUCCAAGGUAGAAAAUAUUUGCAUGAUUUCAACAUUAUGAGGGAAGCUGGGGGCGUUGGUAAGGGCAUUGUCAAGAACUUUAAUGUUGAUGUUAAUGAUAACACCUUGGAGAUUCAUUUGUACUGGGCUGGAAAAGGAACUACCACUAUUCCAAAUUAUGCUGUAUAUGGACCUCUUAUAUCUGCUAUUUCAGUCACCCCAAAUUUCAAAAUCCCUUGGAGUUCUGGUGGAGCUAUUGCUGGAAUUGUGGUUGGAUCAUUUGUGUUCCUCAUCAUACUAAUAAUAAUAUUCGUCCUCCGAAAAAUGGGCUUACUAGGUGACAGAGAUUCAAAAGCCAAACAAUUUUUAGAUCUAAAAACAGGUUAUUUUUCUUUAAAACAAAUCAAAGAUGCCACUAAUAACUUUGUCCCAGAAAAUAAGAUUGGUGAAGGAGGUUUCGGACCGGUGUACAAGGGUACACUAUCAAAUGGUGUUGUCAUAGCUGUAAAACAGCUUUCCUCUAAAUCAAAGCAAGGGAAUCGUGAAUUUGUUAAUGAAAUUGGAAUGAUUUCUGCUUUGCAACACCCAAAUCUCGUAAAGCUUUAUGGAUGUUGCGUUGAAGGAAAUCAAUUGUUGCUGAUAUAUGAGUACAUGGAGAAUAAUAGUCUUGCUAGUGCUCUUUUUGGUGGCCAAGGACAAAAGAUACAUUUGGACUGGCCUACACGAAUGAAGAUAUGCAUAGGAAUAGCAAGAGGAUUGGCUUAUCUUCAUGAGGAAUCAAGGUUGAAAAUUGUGCAUAGGGAUAUUAAGGCAACAAAUGUCUUGCUUGAUAAGGAUUUGAAUGCCAAGAUCUCAGAUUUUGGAUUAGCCAAGCUUGAUGAAGAUGAGAAUACUCAUAUAAGCACAAGAAUAGCAGGAACAAUUGGUUAUAUGGCUCCUGAAUAUGCAAUGCGAGGAUACUUAACUGAGAAAGCAGAUGUUUAUAGUUUUGGAGUUGUUGCUUUAGAAAUUGUUAGUGGAAAAAGCAACACAAGUUACAGGCCAAAAGAGGAGUUUGUUUAUCUUCUUGACUGGGCCUAUGUUCUUCAAGAACAAGGAAACCUUCUUGAGCUGGUGGAUACAAGUCUUGGUUCAAGCUACUCCUCAAAGGAAGCCAUGAGAAUGCUGGAGCUGGCACUCCUAUGUACAAACCCAUCUCCAACUUUGAGGCCAUCCAUGUCCUCUGUUGUUUGCAUGCUUGAAGGAAAGUUGCCAAUCCAAGCACUAACAAUCAAACGUCAGGAGAGUGACCAACAGGUUGCGAGAUUCAAGGCCUUUGAGAUACUAUCAUCUCAAGAAAGCCAUAGCCAAACCCUUAGUUUUUCUUCCACAUCGAAGUCACAUGAAAAUGUGAAGCAAAAGGUUGAAGCAAUGGAUAGUGCAUCAUCACAAUACAAUCGUAGCAGUUAAACCUUUGCCGCUGCUGCAUUCUCACAGGAAAGUGUGAAGAAAAGAUUUAAAGUAAUGGAUGGCUCAAUGGUUUGAUUAUAUUCCUCUGUUUCUCUUCCAUGUAAUAAAGAUUUCUCUUCAUCUGGUAGGCUUCUUAAGAAUUCCAA